UUCAAAGUCCAGCUGAUGGGUCAAAAACAAGCAGUGCUGACAUUAUUACAAUUUGUCACACCACAACGGGAGAACAAGACACUGACGAGCAUGGAUACCACAUCUUCAUUUAUCAAGUCUGUGACCAAGCGAGUGUGGUCCCCACCUCAGCGGCCUUUCAGAGUGUGUUGUCACAACAGAGAAACCAAGAAGGGAGUCACAGCCGGGACCCUGGAGGAGCUGAAGGAGAGGGUAUGCCAGGCUUUGCUGCUGUCCCUGUCUGCGGUGUCUCUGUCUCUGGUUUGUGAGGAGGAUGGCACAGAAGUAGACUCCGAUGAGUUUCUCAUGACUUUACCUGAUAACAUCAUGCUCAUGGGCCUGCAACCCGGACAGACAUGGAGGCCACAGGCGGGUGCAGUUGUGCCCAAAUAUAAUGACGAGACCAAGCCUCGGACUGGGAGGGACAUCGCUCGCGUCACCUUUGACCUCUACAGGAUUAGCCCCAAGGAUCUGUUUGGCUCCCUGAGCGUGAAGGCAACGUUUCAAGGCCUGUACUCUGUGAGUGCUGACUUUCAGUGUCUGGGGCCCAAGAAGAUCCUCAGAGAAGCGCUGCGUGUAGCCUCCACCCUCCUUCAGGCUGCUGGACACCUGCUUAUCACCUCCGCCUCCAUGAUUCGCCGCAUCAUCGAAGGCGCUGAGCUUUGGCAGCCACAGAGGGCAGAGUACACAGCCACCUGGAAGUAACAAAGCCCUGUUUACACGUAACCUAAAGUCGCAAUCAUUAUUAACGUAAUGGUGACUGGUGUAUGUAAAACUAUUUUGACCAUAUUUCAGGUUAUUAGAAUACAAAAGCUUUAAUAGCUUCAACUUACUAACAGAAUAAGCUGAGUAACGACAAUAAGAGCAUGAGUGUCAUAAAUAUUAAUGUAGUUUUUCUAUUUUUGUGCAAUAUAUUCUACAAAAUACCCUAGAACGGUCCUAUAUUUUUGUUAAUUUGACGUUGGCGGAUGAAAUUUUGUUUCUGUGCUCAGAGAUGACUGAUAACCAAAUUGUGUUGGUAUGAACUGAAAGAACACUGUCUCUGUUUAAAAAAAUGUGAUUCUUUAAAACAUAGAAAAAAGAGUACUAAUUCAUUUUGAAAUUUAUGAUGUAAAUGAUCAUUUGACAAGCCAAGUUUAUACACUAAAAAAAGUGUUUUAUUUAAAGGACAAUAAAAACAUCUGCACAGCA